UAUUUUCGUGAUUUGACCGGUUUUCAUCUUCAUAAUAUCAUCUACUUUUCUUUUUGAUUACCAAUGCGUUCAAAUCAUACCCUUUUUACAAUACUAUUUACACUCUGUUGGGCAUUUGUAGCAACUGUCUCGGCUAAGAAAGCGAAGAAAUCGACUACAGAAAAUAUUUAUGGCAAGCAUAGAUUAAUCACUUACAUUGUUGAUUGGGAAGUGCCAAAAGAUAUCAGUUGGGAUAAAUUUGAUCAUGUCGCCUACGCUUUCGCUGAACCUGAUAAAGAUGGCAAGCUCCAAUCUUUUACGUCAAGCAAUUUGAAGUCUGUUGUUAGCAAAGCUCAUGAUAAUAAAAUCGGUGUCAGUAUUAGCGUUGGCGGCUGGAGCGGUUCUAGGUAUUUCAGUUCAUUGGUUGCUUCUGAUUCUAAACGCAAGACUCUAGUGAACAAUAUUGUUUCCAUGGUCGAUGAGUAUGGUUUGGAUGGUGUCAAUUUAGAUUGGGAAUAUCCGAACAAUCCUGAUGGCUUAUCAUGUAACGAAAGAAAUGCUAAGGAUACUGCCAAUUAUUUGCAAAUGGUCAAGGACUUGCGUAAAUCCCUCAAUACCAAAUUUCCCAAGGUACACAAGUUGAUUACUAUUGCUGUCGGUACCUCACCUUUUAAUGAUGAAAAUGAAAAGCCUAUAAAAUCUCUCGACAAUGAAUGGGCCACUCAAGUUGACUCUUACUAUCUUAUGACUUAUGAUAUUAGCGGCGACUGGAACGAAUACACUGGACCUAAUUCACCUCUCAAGCCUGGUAAAUGGGAUUCAAGUGUUCAACAAGCUGUUCAAGCUUGGAACGAAGCCGGUAUUCCGAAGGAUCAACUCGUUGUUGGUGUCCCUUUCUAUGGCACUGCUAUGAAGACAAGCCAGCCCGUGACUGGUUCUUCCAUUACUGUCAAAUUGGCCAAGAAGAGCAGCAUCAAGGGCGACAAAUAUGACGAACGAUCCGCUGAUGAAUGUACUGGUGCGACUGUUUCUUCCUCAGGUAGCUACCAAUGGCGUUCCAUCAAAGACGCUGGUAUAAUGAAGAACGAGAAUGGUUGGAAGGUCUUCUGGGACAAAACCUCUGUUACCCCUUAUGCUUACCAUGCUAAGGACAAAAAGUUCCUCACUUUUGACAAUGCUAAAUCCAUCAAGAAGAAGGCUGACUACGUUGUCGAUCAACACCUCGGUGGCGCCAUGAUCUGGUCUUUGGAAAUGGAUGAUUCCAAGAAUACUCUCCUUUCUUCACUCCAAACUGUUAGAAACUAAGAUAUACACACCAUGAAGCUAUUCAUACCUUUGUUUUUUAACCGAUGAUUCCCCCUCAGCUUUCUGUAAAAUAUAUACAUUUCCCGUUUAUAUAUCUCUUAUAUACAUAUAUUACACCAUCUUAUAAAGAUAUUCACUGUUAUCAACAUCUAUAUAAUAAAUAUCCAC